AUGGCGAAACUAUAUUUAUAUGUUGGUGUGUUAAUAUUAUUUGGUUCGGUUACGGCCAAUAUUGAUGAUGGUGAUGUUGUUGAUACGGAGGAUAUAAACCCACUUGGAGUCCUACAAGAAGCCCACGAUAAAGAGCGUGACGAACGUGGCAUCUUUGAUGUUUUCAAAAAGGAAAAGGCACCUGUAGCAUCACCACCUGUCAAUACGGGCUAUGGCUAUAAGGCUUCUUACAGCAGCUCAUAUGGCGGUAGCACUGGUGGCGGCGGCGGUAGUGCCAGCAGCUAUGGUACCUAUGGCCUAAGUGAACUAUUACCAGAAUUGUCAUUGAGCCUGGGAGGUGGUGUCGGUGGUGGCAGUGUUAGUAGUUCUGGUUAUGGUGGUAAUACCGGUUAUGGUUAUAAAACCAGCAGUGUAAAGACCAGUUCAUUCCUCAAUGCUGAACGUGUUCUCCAGCUGCCCAAAUAUGGCAGGUGUAUGGCCUAUACCCUACCGGCCAAUGUAAUGCAUAAGUGUCGCAAUGAUCAAUGUGAGGUAUCGUGUCCAUCAUUCUAUACCUUCCCCAAUGGUAAAACUAGUUUGAAAAUGGUCUGCAUUGGUGAUUCAUGGAUAAUACGUGAUUCGGAAUAUGUUAGUGUACCGCCAUGCCAGGCCACGUGUAAUCCACCGUGUCAAAAUAAUGGUAUCUGUAUUGAGGCUGGUAUUUGUAAGUGUCCAGAAAAUUAUUCCGGACCAUUGUGUCAGAAUAAGAAAUCGGUAUGUGCUGCCAAGGUGCCCGUGCCCAAAAAUUCCAAAGUUAGCUGUAUGAAUGGUAUUUGUAAUGCUGAGUGCUUCCGUGGUUUCCAAUUUCCCGAUGGCAGCUCGAUUACCAAUAUUGAGUGUAUCAAUGAUCAGUGGAUUCACAAGAAAACCGGCAUGGUCAAGCCCCCAGAUUGUGGACCAAUUUGUGAUCCUCCCUGUUCGAAUGGUGGCCGUUGUAUUUCCUUCAAUGUCUGCCAGUGUGCCAAAAAUUAUCGCGGUGACCAUUGCCAGUUUAGCAUUGGCGCCUGUAAUGUUACCAAAACCAAUUUCAAUGGCAACUACAAAUGUGCCUAUGACAAUGAAGUGGCCAAGUGUACCUUUAUGUGUCCCGAAGUUCCUGGCCUGAAGGUAGAGGGUGGUCGUUUGGAUGUUGAAUAUAAAUGCAAAUAUGAUGAGGGUGUAUUCUAUCCUCAACCCUUGCCCAAGUGCAUCUAUCCCAAGGGUUAUACCAUUCAUGCCGGUUCGAAAACAUCACAUUACACUCAACAACAAUCGUAUAUGGGAGCUGGCAGCAGUGGUGGCGGCAGCUUUGGUUAUCAAUAUAUGACCGAACGUGAGAAGAUUUUGGCAAUUGUUGCCAAAUACAAGGAAUAUGAUAUGAGGAGUGAAUGGUGGUCCUCAGAGGAAACCAAUGUAAUACCCAGCAGCUAUUCGUUGUAUGAAACCAUUGAUGUCAAUGUAAUGUUGGAUCGUACACCCAAGCCAGCAUUCUGUACCACCUGGGGUGGUAUCAACAUGAAGACCUUCGAUGGUUUGGUAUUCAAGGCUCCCUUAUCCUGUUCUCACACUCUCAUCAAUGACAAACAAGAUGCCACCUUUGAUGUUACCCUCAAGGGUUGUCCCUAUGGUUCGGGUUAUGGCUGCUCUCACACAUUGGUGGUCUACUGGCAAUCCAUUUUGUAUACCUUUAAGAAUCAAAACGGCACAAUUGUCAUGGAGACACCCACAAAACGCCUCCCCAUACCGGUACAGGUAAUGGGCAUGAAAGUCAUUCCAGUGGCUCAACAUUUACAAAUCGAUUUAGAAUCGGUUGGUUUGAAAAUCGAUUGGGAUCGUCAUCAAUAUGUGGGUAUCCAUGCCAGUCCGGCAUUGUGGGGUCGUGUUGGUGGCCUCUGUGGUUCCUUGGAUGGUGACUAUAAAAAUGACCUGAUGACAAAAAUGGGUAAAGUUGCUGCCACCGUUAAAUCAUUUACCGAUUCAUGGCGUGUUGAAGAUACUUCGGAAUUGUGCACCAUGGAAAAUAGUGCGGAAAUAGAAUUUGAUUCGAAAAAUUGUAGUCCCAGCAAGCGGAAGAAGGCCAUUGAAGUUUGUGAACGUUUGUUGACCAAUGAAAAGCUGAGUGAAUGCAUCAAGCCUUUCAACUUCGAGGCGGUAAUGAGGACAUGCGUGGAUGAUUACUGCAAUUGUCCCAAUCAAGCCCAUCCGGAAACAUGUAAUUGUGAUGCUUUGUCGAUGCUGGCCAAGGAAUGUACCUUUAAGGGUAUUAAGCUGGAACAUGGUUGGAGAAAUUUGGAAAUAUGUCCCAUUAGUUGCGGUUUUGGUCGCGUCUAUCUGCCCUGCGGUCCUGAUGUAGAACCCACCUGCGAAUCCGCCGUUACCCCCACCAAGGGUAAAUGCAACGAAGGUUGUUUCUGUCCCGAAGGCACUGUACAAUACAAGGAUGCCUGUAUCACUCCCGAAUUGUGUCCCUGUAAUAUGCGUGACCGUGAAUUUAAACCGGAUACCACCAUUAAGAAACAAUGUAACACCUGUACCUGUAAGAGUGGUCAAUGGGAAUGUACAGAUAAAUUGUGUGGUGCUCGUUGUGGUGCCAUUGGAGAUCCUCAUUAUCAGACAUUCGAUGGUAAACGUUUCGAUUUUAUGGGUAAAUGUUCAUAUUAUCUACUGAAGACUUUGAACCUUUCCGUGGAGGCCGAGAAUGUUGCCUGCUCGGGAGCUAUAUCGGAAAAUUUGAGUUUUGAGGCUGCAGAAAAUCCUUCGUGCACCAAAUCGGUUACAGUGAAAUAUGUCCUGAAGAAUGGCAUCCCUACCACAAUUAAAUUGGAUCAAGGUCUGGUGGCAUUCGUCAAUGCCAAGGAACAAAUGAAAUAUCCUAAAGUUUUGGGUGACCGCGAGGUUUUGAUACGUAAAGUGAGUUCCUCGUUUAUGACAGUUGAAUUCCCUGAUGGUAUUCGCAUAUGGUGGGAUGGUGUUUCGCGAGUCUAUAUUGAUGCUCCACCUUCGUAUAGGGAAAAAACUUCGGGUCUCUGUGGUACCUUCAAUUCGAAUACCCAAGAUGAUUUCCUAACACCGGAGGGUGAUAUUGAAACUGCCGUUGAGGCAUUUGCCGAUAAAUGGCGUACCAAGGAUACUUGCGAUUAUUUGGGGCACACUUCGAUAAAUCCUCAUCCCUGCACCGCCCAUCCCAAUAAAAAGAAGGAGGCUGAGAAAUAUUGCGCCUGGCUUUUGGAUGAUAUUUUCCAAGAUUGUCACUGGACUGUGGAUACCGAAAAGUUCUAUGAAGAUUGCUUGUAUGAUGUGUGUGCCUGUAAGGAGGAACCGGCCAAAUGUUUCUGUCCCAUUCUUUCGGCCUAUGGAGCGGAAUGUAUGCGUCAGGGUAUUAAGACCGGCUGGCGCAUGGCCGUCAAGGAAUGUGCUGUGAAAUGUCCAUUGGGACAAAUUUAUGAAGAAUGUGGUGACAGCUGUGCCCUGACCUGUGAAGAUUUGGAGACCAAGGAUACCUGUGCCAAGGAAUGUGUUGAAGGUUGUCGCUGUCCUCAUGGCGAAUAUUUGAACGAUCAGAAUGAGUGUGUACCUCAGAGUAAAUGCCACUGUACCUAUGAUGGCAUGACAUUCCGCCCUGGCUAUAAGGAAGUGAGACCUGGUUCAAAAUUCUUGGAUUUGUGUACCUGCAUCAAUGGUCUGUGGGAAUGUGAAGAAGCCGAACCCGAUGAUGAGAAGAAAUAUCCACCCUCCUCUGAGUUGCGGGCUGAAUGUGCCAGCCGCCCCUAUGCUGAAUUCACCAAAUGUGUGGCCAAGGAACCGAAGACUUGCAAAAACAUGCACGAAUACAAGGCCGAUUUGGAUGAAUGUGUGCCUGGCUGUCAGUGCAUGGAGGGCUAUGUGUAUGACACCGCUUUGAAAAUGUGCGUUUUACCCGAAAAAUGUUCCUGUCAUCAUGGCGGCAAGAGUUAUAGUGACGGCGAACAAAUGAAAGAAGAUUGUAAUACAUGUGUGUGUCAAGCUGGUAAUUGGAAAUGUUCAUCGAAUGGCUGUGAAUCCACAUGUUCGGUAUGGGGUGAUUCGCAUUUCACUACAUUUGAUCAGCAUGACUUUGAUUUCCAAGGAGCCUGUGAUUAUGUCCUCUCAAAGGGUGUGGCCAGUAAUGGUGAUGGCUUUACCAUUACCAUACAGAAUGUGCUGUGCGGCACAAUGGGUGUUACCUGUUCAAAAUCUGUGGAAAUUGCAUUGACCGGUAGUGUUCAGGAUACAUUGAUAUUGGCCAGUGAUGCUUCGUAUUUGGAUAUACCAAAUAGAUCGACCAUAAAUAAAAUCCGCGACACCAUUAACUCCAAAUCCCAUAGUGCCUUUAAUGUCUACAAGGCCGGCGUCUUUAUUGUGGUCGAAGUGCUACCUUUGCAUUUACAAAUUAAAUGGGAUGAAGGUACCCGUGUCUAUGUGAAAUUGGGCAAUGAAUGGAAGAACAAAGUUAGCGGCCUGUGUGGCAAUUACAAUGACAAUGCCAUGGAUGAUAUGCAAACACCGUCACAAGCGCUGGAAACAAGUCCUUUGACUUUUGGCCAUUCGUGGAAGGUGCAACAGUAUUGUGCUAUGCCAACGAUACCGAUUGAUGCCUGCAAACAACAUCCCGAACGUGAGACGUGGGCUCAAUUGAAAUGUGGUAUCUUGAAAUCGGAUCAUUUUAAGGACUGCCAUUCUGAAGUGCCUGUUGAAAAAUACUUGAAACGUUGCAUAUUCGAUACCUGUGCCUGUGAUCAAGGUGGCGAUUGUGAAUGUCUUUGUACAGCUGUUGCAGCCUAUGCUCAUGCCUGUUCGCAAAAGGGCAUACAGAUUAGAUGGCGUACACCACACUUCUGUCCCAUGCAAUGCGAUUCCCAUUGCUCCGAAUACAAGUCAUGUACCUCGGCUUGCCCUGUUGAAACCUGUGACAACUUCCUGAUGCAGAGUGGUGAACAGAUGUGUAAGAAAGAAAAUUGCAUUGAAGGUUGUCAAAUCAAACCAUGCGAGGAGGGUUUCAUCUAUUUGAACGACACCUAUAAGGAAUGUGUACCAAAAUCGCAAUGUAAACCAGUUUGUAUGCUCAAGGAUGGGAAGACCUUCUAUGAGGGGGAUAUCACAUAUCAGGAUGACUGUUCGACAUGUCGCUGUUCAAAGAAGAAGGAAAUCUGUAGUGGUGUUAAAUGUGUCGAAGAGGUUGUUACAGAAAAACCAGUUGUUAUUGAGGGAACCACAGCUGCACCACUUAAGACCGAGGAGCAACCCAAGUGCAUUAAGGGUUGGACCCGUUGGUUCGAUGAGGAUCCCUAUCAUUCGAAUAAUGUCAUCCGUUUGGAUGACAGUGAAAAAUUACCACAUUAUAAUCAUUCCGAAAGUAUUUAUGGUACAUGUAAAAAAGAAUUUAUGACCAAGAUCGAAUGCCGAGUGGUGGGUACCCAUGAGUCGUCUGACAUUAUGAAUGAAAAUGUUUUCUGCAAUCUACAAAAUGGUCUAAAUUGUGUGGGUAAUUGUCACGACUAUGAGAUUCGUGUGUUCUGUCAAUGUGAUGCUGAGCCUACGAUCACACCCAAACCUACUGAGAAACCCGAAAUUGGCUUGGCUUGUGAUAGUGUGAUUGCGGAAUAUAAGGAAUAUCCUGGAGAUUGUCAUAAAUUCUUGCAUUGUCAACCGAAAACCGAUGGCAGCUGGCAUUAUGUCGAAAAGACCUGUGGCGAUACGAUGAUGUUUAAUCCCAUUAUGAAUAUUUGCGAUCACAUUAGCACUGUGCAAGAAUUGAAACCAAUGUGUGAUGAUAGGCCAGGAGAGGUAAUACCUCCCUCACAAUGUCCACCUGGUCAAGUAUGGUCGGAAUGUGCCAAUCAAUGUGAACGUAGCUGUCACUAUUAUGGAAUGGUCCUAAUUAAACGUGGCCUCUGCAAAGAGGGUGAACUCUGCAAACCUGGCUGUGUCCCCGCCAGUCGCCCUGAAUGCCCUGAUGGUAAAUAUUGGCGUGAUGAAAACACUUGUGUUGAGGCUGAUGCUUGUCCUUGCAUGGAUAAAACGGAAAAAUAUGUCCAGCCUCAUAUGCCAUUUGUGGGAGAAUGGGAAGUUUGUCAGUGUUUGGAUAAUGCCUAUACAUGUUUGCCCAAUAGAAUUGAGGAAGUCCCCACAGAACCACCAUCAGAGCCAGAACCAGAGGGUGUUACCGUCUUUCCUGUUACAGUUUCACCACCCAAGAAGUGUAAUCCUGAAUUUAUGGUUCCUGUCAUUGAUGGUGAUGAACCAUUGCCAGAUUCCAUUUUCAAGGCCAGUACUUCAUUGGGUCCCAAGUAUGUUCCCGAAUUUGCUCGUCUUACGGAUAGCCAUUUGGAGAAGACAGGCGCUUGGUCUCCCAUGAUCAAUGAUCAAAAUCAAUAUUUGGAAAUUGAUUUGCCUCAUCCUGAACCAUUGUAUGGUGUUGUUAUGGCCGGCAGUCCCGAUUUUGAUAAUUAUGUGACAUUGUUCAAGGUAUAUUAUAGUCACGAUGGUGUAGCAUAUCACGCCCUUACCGAUGAAACGGAUAAACCACAAUUAUUUAAUGGUCCACAAGAUCCACGUACCCCGGCCAAGACACUCUUCAAAAUUCCCAUUGAGGCGAAAUCUUUGAAAAUUUAUCCUCUCAAAUGGCACAACUCCAUUGCAAUCCGUGUUGAACUUUUGGGUUGCAACCAUGCCGAAGUUACCACCUUGAAACCACAGACUACACCCUUCACCGAACAUCCCAUUCACGAUGAAGAUGGAAUCGAAUGCAAGGAUAAAAUGGGUGUAGAAAAUAAUGAAAUGAGUCCGAAGCAAGUGGAGGCCAGUACAGUGUGGCGUUUACCCAAACCGGCUAAGAAACCAAGGCUGAUAGAUUUAUUGAAACUAUCCUCACCGGUUGGUUGGCGUCCAGCUCUGAAUACACCUAAUGAAUAUGUUGCAUUUGAUUUCUUGGAGCCACGUAACAUUUCCGGUUUCAUCACCAAAGGUGGUCCAGAUGGUUGGGUAACGGGCUACAAAGUUAUGUUCUCCAAGGAUAAAUUAGUAUGGAAUAAGGUAUUAGAUGUUGAUGGUCUACCGCGCAUAUUCCCCGGUAAUCAUGAUAAGGAUACGGAACAGACAAAUUACUUUAAGACACCGAUUUUGACACAAUAUAUUAAAUUGGUGCCCGCUAAAUAUGAACAUAAUAUUAAUAUGCGUGUGGAACCUUUGGGCUGUUUCGAGAAAUAUCCCAUCAUCAAUGAAAAUAUUGUCGAAGUUGAAACACCAAAACCAAGCAAAUGUUUGGUUUGCGAGGGUAUUGUUGACUCCUCCACCACAGAUGGCAAUUGCAAGUGUAAGGAUAACCUCUUCUGGGAUGGCAAUAAAUGUGUGCACAGCAAUAUGUGUCCCUGUGUGGAGAACUAUAUACCCUAUCCCAUUGGUUCGUCCUUUGAGAAUAAACUUUGCGAAGAAUGUACUUGUGUUUUGGGUGGCCAUAGCAGCUGCAAACCCAAGAAGUGUCCACCAUGCAAGGAACCCGAUCAACGUCCCAUUGUCGGAACUGGUUGCUAUUGUAAGUGUGCACCUUGUCCCAAACAUCAGAAGUUGUGUCCUUCCAGUGGUGAUUGUAUUGCUGAGACUUUGUGGUGUAAUGGUAUUAAGGAUUGUGCCGAUGAUGAAGAUGCCACCUGUUCGAAUGUCAUACAUGUUAAUAAUAAACCCAAUGUGACAAUUACAGAAAGUAAGAAUACCAAGGAAGUCAUUAGCUGUCCCGUGCCUGAGUGUCCACCCAAAAUGAAGAUGAAAAUCACUGAAAAGAAACAAAGGAAAAUGUCCAGCAUGUUCUCUUCCACUUUCACCAAAAAGGUCACAGUUAAGCGUGAUGAAGACGGCAAAGUCACAAAGACUAAAGUUAUCACUUCAUCGGAGGAAUUCUUGGAACGUCCAUCACAUGAAUUGGAAAUUGUCAAGGAGGAGGAUUGUGCUGAAUUCACAUGUGUUCCGAUUAAAGAAGUUGUUGUGCAGAAAAAUGUUACCAAAUCUUGUCCACCACCUGUAUGCCCAGAAAACUAUGUUGUCGAAUUGGAUAUGUCUUCGACUAAGCCUGGCGAUUGUCCACCCUAUACAUGCGUCUUGAAGCCUAGCAAAGAUGAUUUCUGUGAAAUUAGCGGAAAAAUCUUUAAAACUUUCGAUGGUACCGAAUUCAAUUAUGAGACAUGUAGUCAUAUUUUGGCUCGAGAUUUAUUGAAUUCGUCUUGGAUAAUAUCAGUUCACCUGGAGUGUACGGAUGAAACCCGCAAAGUAUGUCGUAAGACCAUAACCAUUAAGGAUACCGUUCGUGAUGCCACAUUGAUUGUGAAACCCCGUAAACGUUUAAAUUUCAAUGGUUUCGAUUAUACGGUACAGCAACUGAUUAACUCGCCGAUUUGUAAGGCUUCGUUUAUCGUGUCACAAGUUGGUGACACGGUUAUGGUGGUCUCAUCCGAACAUGGUUUCUGGGUUCGUUAUGAUGAUAUUGGCUAUAUACGCAUUGGUAUUUCUUCGAAAUUCAUCAAAACUGUUGAUGGUCUGUGUGGUUACUAUGAUGGUAAUGCUAGCAAUGAUAAACGUUCGCCCGAUGGUACGCUAUUGACGAAUACAGCUAAAUUUGGUGACAGCUGGUUUGACAACAAAACACCCAAGGAUCAAUGUUAUCCACAGACAUGUCCAUUGAAAAUGCGUACACAAGCAUUGACAUUGUGUAAUUCCAUUAAGUUUGAUGAAUUCAUCAAUUGCAAGAAAUCUGUUAGCUACAAACAAUUCGCCAGUAAAUGUAUUGAGACAACUUGUGAAUGCUUGCGGGUCCACAAUGGUGAUGUAAAGAAAUGUCGCUGCAAUCUAAUGGAGGAUUAUGUCAAACAAUGUCUUUCUGUUAGUCCCAAUGUGAAAUUGGAUACCUGGAGAGCCAAACAUCAAUGUGAAAUUGCCUGCCCUGCACCAUUUGUCCACUCGGAUUGUUAUAAGCGUCGCUGCGAACCUUCAUGUGAUACUUUGAAUACCGAUGAUUGUCCCGUCAUAUCGGAUGUUUGCUUUUCGGGUUGUUAUUGUCCUGAGGGUACUGUACGCAAGGGUGAAACUUGUGUCCCCAUUUCCGAGUGUAAGGAUUGCGUCUGCGAUACAAUAGGAGCCAAGAAAUAUUUCACCUAUGAUCGUAGAGAAUUCAAAUUCAAUGGCAAUUGUACUUAUUUGUUGUCGCGUGAUAUUGUCCUGCCCGGUGUUCAUACCUUCCAGGUCUAUGUCAACAUGGAGGAUUGUCGUAAAUUGGGUAAACUCAACGCUCCCGAACAUGCAAGCUGUGCCAAAUCGCUGCACAUCCUUAAUGGCGAUCAUCUGAUACAUAUACAACGUGAUCCAAAGAAAUCAAAGCAAUUGCAGGCCAUUGUCGAUGGCUUCAGUGUUAAGAAAUUACCAUAUAAGGACACAUGGAUUAAUUUGAAGGAUAUACCCGGCAAGGAACUGGUACUCAGUUUAACUGAAGCCCAAGUUGAAUUUAAGGCUGACUUUGAUGAUUUGAAAUUCUCUCUUGGUGUGCCGAGUGUCAAAUAUGGUGGUAAAUUGGAAGGUUUAUGCGGUGAUUGUGAUGGUAAUCCCAAUAAUGAUUUGCAACCAAAUCCCGCCAAAAAGAAGAAGAAGGGAGGUAAAAAGAUUGGCAAAGAAUUGGUCGAUGUCAUUGAUUCAUGGAAGGCCGAUGAACCUAAAUUGGGGGUAGAUGCAGAUGAGUGUUUGAGUGAGACUCACAAGGAAGAUGAAUGCUUACCAUUGUCACCAGAGAAAGAUCCUUGCAUGUUGUUGUUCCAUGAUAAUAUCUUUGGUAAAUGUAAUAUGAUUGUGGACCCACUGCCUUACAUAUCCACAUGCCAACAGGAUUUGUGUAAACCGGGUAAUGAUCAAAAGGGUUCCUGCGAAUCGUUGGCUGCCUAUGCCAAGGAAUGUGCCAAACAUGGAAUAUGCUUGGACUGGCGUAGCCCCAAUUUGUGUCCAUAUGAUUGUCCAUCUGAUAUGCAUUAUGAGUCGUGUGGCUGCACCAAGACCUGUGAUACCUUGGAACGCCUCAAUGAAUUCCAAGCUGUCAACAUUAAUACCAAUACCAUGGUUAAUACCCUGGAUACCGAUGAUAUGUGUUCACCCAGUGAACGUUAUGAGGGUUGCUUCUGUCCACCACACAAAGUAAUGGAGAAUGGUAAAUGUAUUAGCGAGGAGCUGUGUGUAAAAUGUGAAGAUCCUGAACGUAUGCCUGGCGAGAGAUGGCAAAAGGAUAAAUGUACCGAAUGUUUGUGUGAUAAACAGGGUAAAACUCAAUGUAUGGAACGUAAAUGUUUGGUCGAAGAGAAUAUCUGUGCCGAAGGAUUUGUCCAGCAGAAGAUAGCCAACACGGAGGAUCAAUGUUGUCCACGCUACACAUGUGUCCAGGAACCCAAACAGCCACCACGUGAGGACUGUUUGGCACCAUUGAUGCCCAUUUGUGGUCCUGGCCAGUUUAAGAAGGUUAAGACCGGACCGGAUGGUUGUCCUCAGUAUAUUUGUGAAUGCAAACCCAAAGAAGAAUGUGAACCUCUGACCGAACCUUCGGCUCUGAAACCUGGUGAAAAAUUGGUUAAGGAGGAAGCUGGCUGUUGCCCGACACAGAAAAUUGUAUGCGACAUUUCUCAAUGUCCCAAGAAACCUGAAUUCUGUAUUGAAGAAUUCUAUGAAGUCUUCACGAAACAUGAACCCAAUGACUGCUGUCCCAUCUAUUAUUGUGCUCCACCCAAGGAUGUUUGUAUUGUUGAAGAUGGUCCUAAUCAGAAAUACACUAAGAAGAUUACCGAUAUAUGGACUGAUCCUAAAGAUCCAUGCAAUAUUCUACAAUGUACCUAUGGUCCACAUGAUACUGCCAAAUUGCUUACCACCCAAGUGAAAUGUGAUACUAAAUGUGGUCCUGGUUUUGAAUAUCGUCGUAAGGAUUUGAGUAAAUGUUGUGGUGAAUGUGUCCAGACCCAGUGUGUCUUGGAUGGUCAGUUGUAUGAACCUCAGCAGGAAUGGAAAUCGGAAGAUAGUUGUACCACAUUUGCCUGUAUCGAAAAGGGUAAUAGUUUGAUUGUCAGCUCGGUAAGGGAAACAUGUCCAGAUGUUAGCAGUUGUCCGGAACAUUUGUUGAUGGAUCAGGAAGACAGCUGUUGUAAGAUAUGUAAAGAAGUACCCAAGCCGGAAGAUCAAACUGAUUGUCUGCCCGUUUCCUUGGCCGAAUCGGAGACCCGUAACUUGGUUAAGGUCAAUGCCAUGGGCCAUGGUAUUUGCAUUAAUGAGAAACCAAUUCAAGGCUUCACUGAAUGUAUGGGUUCCUGUAACUCCGGUUCGAAAUAUAACAGAGAAACUCUAAUGCAAGACAAGAUUUGCCACUGUUGCAACAUUAAAUCAUACAAAUCCAUUUCGGUUGAGUUGACCUGUGAAGAUGGCACAAAGAUCUCUAAACAAUUGGAAAUUCCAUCGGCCUGUGGUUGUCAACCAUGUUCGGAUUCUACUGAUUAUUAUGGUAUCGAUGGCAUUGAUGUUCGUGUCCAACCAAUGCCAUUGGCUAAAAUGAUUCAAAUGAAGAAACGUUAA